AUGCAAGAGGACGUCACCAAUGAGGCCACAGAGGGCCCGACGCACAUUCAGGCACAAGUACAACAGCUCCAAUUGCGUACGCCGUCUCCGUCUGUAGCGGACUCUGCGUCCGCCGCGCCAGGCGGUCGGCACCCCUCCGAAGCCUUGGCACCUGUACUUGAGACUAUCCGCCCGUUGCUUGAGCCGAGCCCGGAGGCGCUGACCGCGCUCGUGUCGUCCAUACCCACGAAGACACUGCACACAUACACACUAGCACAGAUACCCACAUCACCUCAGCCGGUGCUCGAUGCGCUCGCCACAUUCUUUGCGACUCUGACGCCCCCGCCGCGGCUGCACUGCGUGCGGUGCCACAAGGACUACGUCGAGGUCGAGAACGACGAUCGCAGCUGCCUUGUGCCGCAUGACGACGAGAGCGCCGAAGUCGAACGCGUCGGGCGCAGCGGUCACGAGCGCAGGACGAACGAGGGUACCGAGUACGAGACUCUAUGGGGCUGCUGCGGUAAAACGACCGAGGGUGACGGGAGCCAAGGUCCGCCGGAUGGGUGGUGCUACGAGGGAAAACAUACGACUGACAUCAAACGUGCUCGCUUCCGCGCCGACUCAACACUACAAGACGACAAGCUCGUCUCGUGCCUGCGGCUCAACUGCCACGGCAUCCGUGCGCACAUGCCUCGCGAAGCCAACACGCGCAAACGCGCGCGGAAGACCUACAGAGAGGCGAGCUCGGAAGAAAACGACAGUGCAGGCGCGUCUGACAGCGGCGUUGACGAAAUUGCCGGUCGGGCACGGAGCACGAAACAUGAGACGACUGCGCAGCUCAAGCGGAAGUCAAAGUCGAAACAGAGAGCUGACGACCCGAUGGACGUCGACCCCUCGCACGAGGAAGGCGUGAGUGUUGCGGGCGGCGCAGGUAAAGGCAAGGAGAAGGAGCAGGAUGCGCCGCCGGCGCCACCGAAGCGUCCGCGGGGACGUGCACGCAAGUCGAUCCCCACUGCAGACGCAGAAGGCUCUCCAUCCGUGUCAGCACGCGCACCGAAGCGGCGCGGGCGUCAGCCAAAGACGGCGGCAGUGCUCGAAGACAGCGAGCGCGAGACGAGCCGCGGGCGCGGCACCGCGUCACCCGUGCGCCGCGAGACCGAGCUGCCUCGCACUCGCUCGCUCAGCCGCACAAGGGCGGCAGAGGAAGAGGCGACGCGUGGUGCGGGGCGUCCGGGACACAAGCCCAAGAGCCGGUCGCGCACAAAGAUGGCCGAGGUUGUGUGCGGCGUGCGGAGCGACUCGGGCGAGGCGGACGACGAGCAGCCGAAGAAGAAGCGCAAGCUGGGCGUGGCGUGA